UGUCUGCCCAGUGUAGAGCUGAGAGGGGUUGCUCUCACUGAAGUUAAGCGGGAAUUCAGCAACUCUUGGAGGACAGUGGAAGUUGAUUAAAAUGCUUCUUUAUUGUUAAAACCAAAACAUUCUGGUCCUUAACCUUCAUCAGGGUUGCUCUCACUCACAUAAGGGCUAAUGGAGGGGAUGCUAGGAGUGGAUGUGUUUCUGUACCCUGAUGGACUGAGAAUUGCUACACCAGAGGAUAUUAGGCAAUGGGAGCUGGAGACCGCCAGCCAGGUGUCAAGUCAGGUGUCUCAGGAACCCCCCGUCCGGCUCUUUGUGGCUCUUUUCCCAUACAACCCUGCUGCGAUGUCCCCAAACCCUGAGACCGCCGCCGAGGAGCUCCCUUUUGUGCCAGGACAGAUCAUCAAGGUGUUUGGAGAUAAAGACGAUGAUGGUUUCUACCAUGGGGAGUCUGGUGGUCUGUCUGGUGUCGUGCCUAGUAACAUGGUAUCUGAGAUCCCAGUGGAUGAUGACUACCUCAAGCAUCAGCUAAUGCAGCAGGGUUUCCUGCCUGUCGACCACACCUGUACAGAUCCCAGUGAGGAGUCUAGCGUGCUAGAUGACUUGGUCGUCCGCAGGAUGGUGGCCAUCUUUGAGUAUGACCCUUGGGAAAGUUCCCCCAACAUGGACAGCAACGCUGAGCUCGCCUUCCGUGCAGGGGACAUAAUAUAUGUGUUUGGUGAUAUGGAUGAAGAUGGAUUCUAUUAUGGGGACCUUCAUGGGCUGAGAGGCCUGGUGCCAUCCAACUACCUGGAACCACUACCAUGGGAAUAGGAUUAACAAGGAGCAUCGGAUACUGUGUCAAAUAUCAAGAUUUUGUCAUAUUCUUUCUUCUGCAUAAAUACUUAUGACCACAGAAAUGUCCUCCAUAAUUUGUAAUGAUCAUGGGAUAGUUUUUUUUUUGAGCCGUGUAACGCAGUAGAGUAACGCAGUAGACAGAUUUCGCUCUGUCCAAAGAAAUCCUAUGAACUACAAACCUUUUGUUGGAUAUUUUAAGGUGCAGUAAGAUUGGCCAAAAUAAUGAAAUCAUGGUUAUCGUAUUACAUAAUGAUUUCCAGGAGUACCUUUGUCAGCAGCUAGGGUAUUGCGGCCUUAAAAAUAUUAUUUUUAUUCUCACUUUGCUGACCGGGAUGUAUGUUGUAGUUAUGCCUAUAUUUGCCUUACCAGAUCUUUCGGUUUAGAAAGGCUGUGAGCAAUCUUUCCUGUCAGAGAAAUCAUUUUCUUCCUUAGUACUAUUUGCAUGUUUAUAUACAAUUAGCUUUUGUACAUUUUUGGUAAUGACCAACUGAGAUUAUGACGGAACAUUGAGCACAUUGAAUUAAGAUAUCUACAGUAUGCAGAAUUUAGCAGUACUAUUAAACUGUUCAUUUUCUGAAAAUAUGUUUCAUUCCCUUGUUCCUCUGUACCUCGUUAGCGGGUUUAGAAUUAUACAGGGCAGGAUCUUCAUCAAAACCAGAUGCUGAUCACUGAAACAACUGUAACUGUACAACUUAUUUUACUAUAAACUGCACUGAGAUUGUUAUACAAAUAUCUAC